GAGUCCAAGCGGUCAUUUUUGCAUAGUGUGGUCAAUGAAGGAGGAGACAAAGAGAAACUGACUAGUUUUGUCAAUUUCUGCGAGGACACCAUCUUUGAGAUGCAACAUGCCACUAGCAUUAGUGCUGAGGAACAGAGGAUUGCUGCCAUGAGGAGUGGAGCUGGCAACAUUGAUGGAGGAGUAUUGGAGCCUGUUUUGCUGCUGUACCGCUUCUUCAAGGACAUUUUGGCAGCAUUUUUGUCAUGCUUAACCUGGUCCAACUUGAAGCAAUCCUACCACACGUUCAAGUCAAUGACAUACUGGCAACUGUUCACUGGGUUCUUCAAAGUGAACUUCCGACUGGCCUGGUUUAUUCUGACUCUUGUAUUCCACAUCAGUUGGUGA